GCCAGGGAAGCCCAGUGUGAGCUGAACCUUGCCCCAGCCAGGCAGCCCGCAGCACAGGAGGCAGAGCAGCGCUGUUCUUUGCUCGGCCAAAGACCAUGGCAAGCCGGGUGUACCUCCUCCUCCUUGGCACCUCUCUGGCAGGCCUCCUGCACCUCGGGGAACCCGUUUUCCUAAAUCAAGAAAAGGCUAACCAUGUCCUGAAGAGGACCAGGAGGGCUAAUACACUAUUUGAAGAAUUAAAGAAAGGAAAUCUCGAGAGAGAAUGUCUUGAAGAAACCUGUUCUUUUGAAGAAGCCAGAGAAGUCUUUGAAAACCAAGAAAAAACAAUGGAAUUCUGGAACAAAUACAGAGAUGGUGACCAGUGUGAAAACAACCCUUGUCAGAAUCAAGGGAAUUGUAAAGAUGGCCUUGGAGAAUACACCUGCAUAUGUAUGGAAGGAUUUGAAGGCAAAAACUGUGAAUUUUCAAAACUAACACUCUGCAGCUUGGAUAAUGGAGAGUGUGACCAGUUCUGCAAAGAAGAAAAGAGCAAUGUGGUAUGUAGCUGUGCCAGUGGCUACAUCCUGGGAGAUGAUGGCAAAUCCUGUAUCCCUACAGAACCCUACCCAUGUGGAAAAUACACAGUGGAUAGAAGGAAGAGGUCAGUCAUAGAACCUGCCAUACAAAGUAUCCCUUUUCGAGAGUUAAAUGAGAAUCCACCUUCAGAGCCGGAGACAGAGACACUGGCUCCCACAAAGGACCCUUUAAAGGGACUCUUCCCAAAUUACACAGAAAGUAAUGAUAAAGGAAAUGAUUUAACAAGGAUUGUUGGAGGAAGAGAUUGCCAAGAGGGAGAAUGUCCGUGGCAGGCUCUUCUCAUAUAUGAGAACAAAGAAGGAUUCUGUGGAGGUACAAUAUUGAAUGAGUAUUUUGUCCUUUCUGCUGCUCACUGCAUGUACCCAUUGAAAAGAUUCCAAGUCUUAGUAGGUGAGCGGGACACAAGAAACGAAGAUGGCAAUGAAGAGGCCCAUGAAGUGGAGAAGGUCUUGACACACAAAGGAUUCGUCCUAGAAACCUUUGACAACGACAUUGCUCUCAUCAAGUUAAAGAAACCCAUCCGGUUCCGAAGGAACGUAGCUCCGGCUUGCUUACCAGAAAAGGACUGGGCCGAGGCCGUCCUGAUGAAUCAGAAAGCAGGUGUGGUGAGCGGCUUUGGGCGAAUCCACGAGAAAGGCCGCACUUCCGACACGCUCAAGAUGCUCACGGUUCCCUUUGUGGAUCGGAACACGUGUAAAUUGUCCAGUACCUUCACCGUCACCUCCAACAUGUUCUGUGCUGGCUAUGAAAGCAAAUCUGAGGACGCCUGCGAGGGAGACAGUGGUGGCCCACAUGUGACAAAGUAUAAGGACACUUAUUUUGUCACUGGAAUUGUCAGCUGGGGAGAAGGAUGUGCCAGGAAGGGAAAAUACGGAAUCUACACAAAAGUCACGGCCUACCUUGGAUGGAUAAAAAGGUCCAUGAGAACAAAGAAAACUCCAUAGAACUGACUGAGGCUUCACUUCCCCUUCUAAGCCUUCUCAUCUGUCCAAGUAUUUCCUCUCUAGGUUAGUUCUAGUUACUGGAGAACAUUCUGAUUAAAAAGAAUUCUAUUCAAGUGA